AUGGAUAACAGAAGAAUAGUAGGACGAAUUUCCAAUUCGAGAUCUAGGAAUUCAAAAAAAGCACCUUUGACACUGAAAUGGGGUGGACGUCCUUAUAAGAAUAAGAAUAAGGUGAUUAACAUACCAGAAAAUACAAAGCUAGUUAAUGGGAUACUAGUUGCCAAAGAUGAAGGUAAGACAGUAAGUGCUAGUAACUUGAAUAUCAAAAAUCUUAUUGUUGUCAAUGAAGGAACUCAAUUCCUAUGUUCCAAAAAAAGGCGCUCGAAACAAACAGGUACCAAACCUCAGUGUAAUGAAGAAAAUUCAGCUUCAGAAAAUUCUCUUGAGUUAUUCAAUGGAUACUCUCCAAUGAAUGAUCUUUGGUUUUCUCCAUUGCAGGUUUUUGGAAGUCCUGGUCUCACUGAACUUUUUUCUUUCUACGUGCAAGAGACAUCACAAAUAUUUAUUGUAUCCAAUAGUGCUAAUACUGUGAACCCAUUCAAAACCACUCUCCCUCAAAUGGCGAUAGCGAAUAAAAUCGUCAUGAAAUUACUAGCUGUCUUGGGCGGUCAACAUAGAAAGAAGUUCGGGUACCAGACGGACAGAAUAGAAGAAGACAAAGUGAUGAAGCAACUAUACGAUGAAAGUUUAUUAGAGUUGGAGAGAAGGGUCGUAGAUCCGCAAGAGAAAUUCAGCUUUGUUACUCUAGCAUGUAUAUUGAUUCUAGCCUCCAUAGACAUUUUCUUUGAUCAAAAGCAGGGACUUUGGAGGACUCACCUUUAUGGAGCAAAAGACAUACUUUUAGAGAAGUUGAAAAGGAACAGCGAGUGGACUGACGUGGUAAGUCAAAGACAAAAAAUAUCUUACAGUGUAGGGGAGGAUAGAGAGAGCUUCUUAACUAGGUGGUUUAUGUACCUCAAUGUGAUCAGUUUACUGUCGUCUCCGAAAGCCACAAGGCAGGCAGAGAUCUUCCAGCAAAUGGACUUAGAUUUUUGUCCUUCUGCUGACAGAAAUAACAAUUUGCUAGCCAGAGAGGACUUAAAAGAUAUCCAACCCACUAGUGGGAUGGAACCACGUAUUUUGGCAUAUCUAUCCAGAAUUUCACAAAUGGUUUUCGAGAAAGACAAAAUUACUUCUGCUAACGGCAUGGAAGAGCUAAUGACACAGGCCAUUGAGUUGGAUUACGAAAUCUCUAACUAUCUUGUCACCAGUGAGAGGGAAAGAGAUGAAGUGCUUAAAAGUGUCCAACCAACAACCAAGAAUUUGCGUAUCUAUCAAUUCUUGAGAUGUACAAAUCUAUUAUUCGGCCUCACUGCGCUUCUACUGCUGCGACGCAGAAUACUGAAUUUAUCUCAACGUACGACCCUUGUAAAAGAACUACUAACCAGAAUCAGUGCACUUCUACGUGAUAAGGUUCCCUUAAACUCUCCUGCAGAGUCUUGCCUUUUGCUCUGCAUUUUUUCGUGUGGAUGUGAGCUUAUAGAUAGCUCUUUGGUCUCACUGAGAGAUGUUUAUAUAAGGCAUCUCGACAGUCUAAUGAAAGGCGGGAUUUCAGGCGCAAAGAUAGCGAAAACUGUAAUGGAAGAAUGCUGGGAAACAGGAUUGCCUUGGUGGGAGGUUUUAAAGACUAGGAAGCAACAUAUCAGCUUUGCAAUUUAG